CUAAUUGGGCCAAUUCCGCGCCCUAUUCCGUCGAUCUCCUCCCCUGGCCUGCCCGAUGCAACCAGCAUCUUAAGAAAAAUUCCUACACCGCUUGAUGAGCCCUUUCACUGGACAACGCUAUCCCCUCGACUCACGUGUCCAAUACACAUAGACUCCGCCAUGGCCUCCUCGACAAGAACCCCGGAGAUCCAGAUUCUGGCGGAAACGGACACGACGACCUUCACCAUCCCCGACCGAUUGACGAUUGAGCAGGUUGCCAAGCGACGCGCCGCAUAUGGUUCGUUCAAUGCCGGAGUUGCUGCUGCCGUGGAUGUCGAGUUGUUCAAAGGCCGGACGCACCACUCGCACAAGGGCAAGGCCAAGCGGUGGGACCACCGCUUGACGCAUGAGGCCAAAGUGAGACAGGGAAACUCGUUGAAGACUGCUGCCAAGCACCUCAAGACUCCCGGUCUGAUCUCGCUGGGUGGCGGCUUGCCGUCGAGCGAGUACUUCCCAUUCGAGGAAUUGUCCAUCACCGUGCCCAGCCUGGCCAGCUUGUCACCAUCGCAGCCAAACGGGCAUGCCGACACGAGCACCCUCAAGGCCGGUAAGAAUGAAAUCCUCACGGCCGGGAAGCAUGACCUUGCAGAGGGCGUCUCGCUGUACGACAUCGCCACCGCCUGCCAGUACGGCCAGGGCCACGGCGCCGCGCAGUUCUUGCGAUGGAUGAUCGAGCACACCGAAAUCGUGCACAACCCCCCUUACCGCGACUGGAGCUGCACCAUGACCAUCGGAUCAACGUCGGCUUGUGAUUUUGCCUUCCGCCUCUUCUGCAACCCUGGCGACUGGAUCUUGACGGAGCAGUACACCUAUCCCACCAUGGUCGUGGCAGCGCAAGGCAUGGGCAUCAACAUUGCCGCCGUCGGCAUGGAUGAGCAUGGUAUGCUCGCCACCUCCCUUGACGACAUCCUCUCGAACUGGAACGUGGCGGAGCGCGGCGGCCCGAAGCCUUUCGUGGUGUACACGGUACCGACCGGCCAGAAUCCCACCGGCUUCACGCAACCCCUGCAGCGCCGCAAGGAAAUCUACGCCGUGGCGCAGAAGCACGACCUCUACAUCUUCGAAGACGAGCCCUACUACUUCCUCCAAAUGCAGCCCUACACCGGCGCCAACGCGCCCGACGUGCCUCCUCCUACUUCCCACUCCGACUUCAUCCACUCCCUGGUCCCCUCCUACUUGUCUCUCGACGUCGACGGCCGCGUGCUGCGAAUGGACUCCUUCUCCAAGGUCAUCGCACCCGGCAGCCGUGUAGGCUGGAUCACUGCUUCCGAGCAGAUCUGCGAAAAGUACCGCAUGCUCUCCGACCUCGCCACGCAAGGCCCCAGCGGCAUCUCCCAGCUCGUGUUGUUCAAGCUCCUCGACGAAUCCUGGGGCCACGGCGGCUACCUCGACUGGCUUAUCAAGAUCCGCAUGGAGUACACCGAGCGUCGCGACUCCAUCCUCAAGGCCUGCGAGACCUAUCUCCCCCGUGACCUCGUGAGAUGGGUGGCCCCCUCGGCCGGCAUGUUCCUCUGGCUCGAAAUCGACUACAAGAAGCAUCCUCACUUCGCGGACAAGACUUUGCUGGAGAUUGAAGAGGAAAUCUUCCUCAAGAACAUUGCGCACGGGACGUUGUUGAUGUGUGGGUCGUGGUUCGUGGCGGAGCAGAAGGCCGGCAAGGACACCCUGUUCUUCCGCGCGACGUAUGCCGCUGCGCCGGCCGAUCAGAUCAACGAGGCCAUCAAGCGAUUCGGCGCCGCGAUUCGAGAGUCUUUUGGCCUCGCACCUUUGGCGAAUGGGACGCAUUGAGUUUUAGAGGGAAAUGCACGGCUGGGUGGAGUUGAUCUACGGCGUAAUUGAAGCGUUCGGGGC